AGAGGACCUCUAACAAAUCUAAAAGCAGUACUUUGAAAUGGGGUCUAGAGCAUCUGAUGAUGUCUUACCAUCAGCUGUAUGUACAGUAUAAUGUACUGCAGGGUAAAAGAAGCCAGUGAUCCAUUACAGAAUUUAUGCACACUUCAAUACAACCAUCGACUUGAGUACCAGCACCUCAACCACACCAGUAGGGCCACACCAUGCCUCUCCACUCUCUUCACAUUCACUGACAUACACCAGCAACCACAGUUUAAGAUUGGGCAUGUGUGUGGAGGAGCUAGCCAGGGCUGGUACGGACGAAGGGAGCUGUUUGUGGCCUUGAAGCUCGUGGCGGCUGCUCAGCGAGGUCUACCAGUCAGGACUGAAUCUCUCUUUUUGGGUGUGGAUCUGCCACUGCCUAGGUUACACACUAAUAACAACACACAUUAUGAAAACAAUGUGGCCUACACUACAAAGGAGAACUGCACCUCUAGUCCGGACCUGAUCCAGCUAAGCGAUUCUGACUGCAACACAUCACAGAUGGUAGAUGGUGGAUAUCGCAUGAUGGAGAGUGAAGAUGGUGAAGGAGCCGAUGAAAGAAUGAGUGAUCCUUCGGGACGAAUGAUAUCUCAUUCUACGUCGGUAUCGUCUCCUGCAUCAGAUUCCCCAACGCCCACCAACAGUGUCCAUGAGAAAACUUGGGGACAAGCUCACACACACUGGCAUGGCCUAAUUAAUGAUGAGCACCGGCAGUUACUAGGCACAGAAGAAGAUUCCUCAGAGUGCCAUUCAUCGGGGGAAGAAGACUAUGAUGUGUGGACAAUUAAUGAUGAACAACGUCAGUAUUAUACCGAACAGUUCUGUUCCAUGCAGAGUGAUCUCACUGCACUGUUGUCUGGAACGGCUGCCAAAGAAUUUUUUGAAAAGUCAAAACUGCCUGUAAAUGAAUUAAGUAAAAUCUGGCAGCUUGCAGAUGUAACGAAAGAUGGGGCACUGUCAUUAGAGGAAUUCUUUACAGCUAUGCACUUAGUAGUUUUACGAAGAAACAACAUUGAGCUGCCUGAAACGCUCCCACCAUCUCUUUUUCCAGCUUUACAGAGAAAGAGUAGCAGCAGUGGAGUGGACGGGGGAAACUCUGGAGCCUCUGGUAAUUCUUCAGUGGUGGCUGGUGCUGCUGUCGUCCAAGACACAGAAGUUGGUGCCAAGGCAACUCCUGAUCCCCUCUCACCAUCUAGAAAUAAGGAGGUACAUGUAUUUCAAUUACUUGUACAAUUAUAGUUCAUUGGUUGAAAA